GUCUCCUCUUCUCUGUCAUAUGGUUGCAGCUGGGUUCAUAGCAAGUCCCGCAUAGUGAACUAGGUCACACGCAAGAGACCUGCUCAACAACAAACACUGCUGUAAAGGUGUUUCAGUUGUCACAAACAUGGAUGGGGCUUCUUGGGAGAAGUCUUGGAACCAGCUUCAGUUCAUGGGUGGCUCCAACAACGUAUCCUCAACUAGAACCAUCCGGCUACGGGACAUUUAUGAUCCCAAACCUCAACCUCCCAAAGCCCCCGUCCGGAUCCGCCCUCCAAGUCCAAGACCUCCACCCGUGAAGGAGCCCAGUUCAAGGCAAAGUUUUUCCAGCGAUCCCUCAAUCAAGACCAUCAUAAGGAGACGGGCUCAGUCUCUUCCAUCGUCUGCAGAGCGCAAGAAGGAACUUAGGAGUGUACAGGUACGCUUUGUGGACUCACUGGGUCUUCAGUUAGAGGAAGUUAAGGUUUUCAAAGUUCAAGAGUGUCCCAUUAUACCCCAACAUGUUAUAUUCAGGCUGCUGAUGAGCUCUGAAUUGGCUUUUGGGAAGUCCCUGGAGCUGUCACUGCCUUACUUCAAACCCUGUUUUCCUGAAAAUAUGGGUGCUCAGCCGGACUUCCUGACACGGCUGCACACACAGCGCGUGUGUCUUGAGCAGAUCCUAUGUUCAGAGCAGGGGAUAACAGGCACCAUACAAGUAUUUAAUGUAGCCUAUGAGAAAGAAGUCACAGUACACUACUCUUUCACCAACUGGAGAACACACACAAAUACAGCAGCAUCCUGGCUAUCGAGUGUAUACCGUGAGGGGUGUGACUCUCCAGUGCUGGACGUCUUCAGGUUUCGUCUUCCUGUCCCACCGUUCGCUUUGCAGCCAGGGGCUAGCUUGGAAUUUGCAAUCUGCUACCACGUAAAAGGAUCUGAUUACUGGGACAACAACAACGGCAAUAAUUACAAACUUUCAUGCCACAGCUACAAGGUGAGCGUGCCAAGGGAGUGUGAAGAUAGCAUGCUACAUUUCACCUGAGCAACCACAUGGACGCGUGGAGAGGAUGACACUCUAAAUCCUUUGCAGCCAAGCUUUACCUGUUAUAUUGCAUUGUGUGGUGGACUGGAUCUAAGUAAGCACAAUUUCUAGGACUUUGCACUCAACCAGCUACUUUUAAAUAUUGCUAACAUGCAAAUUCUUCAGUUUAUACCAUCUACAAAAGAGCUAACAUUAAAACCACCUGCCUCCAGUUAUAUAAUUGUGCUGGGCAGUAUCCAGGCAGAACACUGCAUCUUAAUAAGACAAUGUUGUUUUUCACUUUAUCUGUAAUUCGUUUUAAUGCUUUGUAUGUUCAGUUACCGUUCAGAAUGUCCAUAUUUUUCACAACAUUUCAGCUCCAUGUAUCAUUUUGGAUGCUAAAAUUUUGCUUUCACAGUAAGUCAAACAGCAUGUCCUCCACCUCUGAUGCACAAGUAACAUUUUCUUGUGUGAACCAGUCAUUUAGUAAUUUUGUGCCAAAUGUACUAGAAAGUGGUGUCUCAAAGGGCUGCUGUGAAAUCUGAAAGAAGGUGCUGUGGGAUUUUUAGAGCUGCUGACUAGCUGCUGCUAGUCCUUGAUAAAGUUUUGAGCUAUUGGGCUAUUAAGAGGUACUCAUUGUGAAUUCCUGUUUUUAAAAAUAGUUAAAAUCAGAUCGACAGAACACAAGGAAACAGCAGCUAUGACACCAACUGAAGCUGAACUAGUGCCAUGCUCAACUUUAGUGUAGUUUGUAGCUGAAGUGAAAGAUGGCACAGUAUGCAAACAGGCAAAGAUUUUAAAACAGAUUAUUUUUCUAUGCUGGUCUGGGAAAAGAUCUCUUGAGGAAACUCGGUAGGUUUUGAGAGAGAUAUUAAAUCUUUGAGACGACACACCUGCUGGUAAAAUGCUCCCCAACGUCUACAGCUCUUCAGAGGUUUACAAAUGAAACCUUAAAAACAGACAGUGGAAUAAGAUGAACAUGAAUAUAACGAUGCCAUUCAAUUUAUCUGAUCAGCUGUCUUGUGUGUGUUUUGGUGAAUUUGGUUUUGUA